UCUCCGCAAGGUGGCUGGCGACAAGCGGAUUCUUCCGGUUCCGUCUAUCUGUCAGGAACGCUGUUCACGGUCGUGGAACGUUCUGCAUGUUAUGGCGAGAAAAAUAGGAGUGCGCUCUAUUUAUGACACGCACAACAAUGUUGCUCUGGCUGAUGGUGAACAGCAUGGUCCAGAAGACCUCAAAGAGAAGCUCAGUAAAGUCAGGGAAGUGGUGCCGAGCAUGAGCAAGGACCAGAUAUGCAUGGCUCUGAGGACUUAUGACUAUGAUGUCAAUGCUACCAUUACUGCAAUAUCAGAAAAUGGACCCGAAGAGGCUUUGCGUGAAUGGAACUGUGCCGGAAACAAAGUCAAGAUGGCAAACAAGAACAGGAAGAGGAAAAAGAAGACCAAGAAAGAACCAGCUGCUGGCUCUGGAGAAAACCUGGAGGCUAAUGCUGGAGGCGAUGGUAAAGACGUAGCCUUAGGAAAACUAGACGAGGACAAGGAGCAGCUGGAAGUGCACCCUGCUUCUACCUCCCCUGAAGAAACACCUGUGAGCUCUUACAAGCAAAAUGGUAGUGAACCUGAAAAGUAUCCUGCGAUGUCCUAUGGCUGGGGCGACGACCCGCUACCAGAGGAGCCCUCGCAGGAAGACAAUGAUAAACCAGAGGAAUUUGCUGAGUUUGAAACCAAAAGCAGCAGCAGACCAAUGCAUUCACAUAGUAGUGGGCGCUCUAAAAGUAGCCCGGAUGUCAAAUGCACCGACAGUAAUGAAGCAAGUUCUCUUCCUUCCAGUACUAGCAAUAGCACCCUUCCGAAAAAAACAUGCCUUGAGAAAUCAUUAAAGGAUCUUUCUCGCCAGACAGUAGCACUCCAGAGGGUGCAAGUUCUUCUGGAAGAGCAACUCACAAAAGCUGAAAAAGCAAUCAAAGCUGCUUUCUUGGAAGUACAAAAAGCCUUGAAUGACCGUCAGGCUCAAUUAGAGGAGGAAAUGGAAAAAGUGAGAAAUGAUGCUCGUUCAAUGCUCCAGCAACGCCAGAAACUAGCUGCUGAGCUAAAGGCACGCAGUGAGACAGCCCCCACUCUCUCUGAGCAGAGCCUGACUGAGUUACGAGAUGAUAUUAAGCAUUUUGUCGUUGAACGUAAAUAUGAUGAAGAGCUUGGUAAAACUGCGAGGUUUGUGUGCACCAAGGAGAAGAUUGAAAAGGAAAUCAAGGAUUUUGGCCAAGUGGUUCAUGUGAGGGAUCCGUAUACAUCUCGGCGUCUGUCGAUGUCUUCUGUGGCCAGUUCAAGCUACCAUGAUUCUGGUUACCACCAAUCAGUCACAUCCAGUCCAAUUUACAAGAGUCAGUAUUAUUCACAUGAUACAAUGAAAGAAGAGGAGUACAGGGGAAGAAAGUUUGAGGGAGGUGGUGGCUAUAGUCGUCCCUCAGAUGGCCGUUCCUCCAAGGUGUACACCAAUAGCCACCGCAGCACCUACCCUGGCCAGUCACCUGGUGGCCCUCGUUCAGGCAACUACUCACGUGGCGGCCGUGGCCGUCGUCCAGAUGACUCACGCUAUGGAGGGCCAGACCGUGGCGGUGGCCGGGGUGGAUACGGUGGCGGAGGCCGGCCUCAUCGCUACAACCAAGGUGGCACAGGUCGAGGCCGCUACACAGCCGAGGUGGGCCGCUACACAGCCGAGGCGAGCCGCCACACAGCCGAGACGGGCCGCCACACAGCCGAGGCAAGCCGCCACACAACCGAGUUGGGCCGUCACACAACCGAGUUGGGCCGUCACUCAUGGGAUGAGGACAGCACUGGGAAGCCAUCACCGGAUGGAUUGAAUGGUCAACUUUAGGCCAUUAGUCUUUUGUUUUUGCCCUUGGAGCACGAUUGUCCCAUCUCCCCACUCUGGAUGUCCCCAUCUUUUUUUGUUUUCUUGAUUCUGUGGAAGUGCAAUAUUGUGUCCAGGCACCAGGAAGUGUACAUGUGUGCCCCCUCCCCUCCACUCCUUCUCCCCUUUUCUUUCUUGCACUAGUCUGUGCAUGGUUCUCUAUGGCUUGUGCCAAAUGACAAAAAGGCAUAACCUUGGGUUUUUUGUAGUGUGUGCCUUAACACUGUUUGAUGUGGGACCUCCUGAGAGUGCUGUAAGGGCUUGAUGUGUGCUGGCAUUCUUAUGGUUCAUCAGCACCUUGGCACAGUCUGAGCGUUUAAAUGUGUUCCCCAUCUCGUAGGAGAUCUUUUUUUUUUUCCUAGAAGUGCACAGUGCAUCCCACCAAUCUUACCUGUUCCUGCCCCGGGCCCCCACUGCAGAUUCUGAACAGGGCUAUUCUAUUUGAUGAAAGCUGUUUCCUUCACUUACCGAAGCUGCACAAUAACCCUACCUCCAUUCGCUCAUGUGCUAUGUUGUGUGGCGGCAGGAACCUUAGUUGCUGUGUUCUGUGCAGAGCUUUUUCCUGGUAGGUCAGCGUCUCAAGGGACUCUUACUACACUUGGUUGUUUCACCUAUGUUCUUGCAUGCACAGAUAAAAUUACUGAGUUUGGUUGCUGGCCUCUCUUGACUGUUAUUUUUAUAUAUAUAUAAAUAUAUAUAGAUAUACAUAUAUUUUUUACUGUGUUCUUAAGUAGGUCUACAAGUCUUCCUUUGUUAGAAAUAUUUAAUUCUCUCUGGCAUGUACAUCUGUAUAUACAUAAAUAUUAUAUGAAGGUUGUGUACAUAACUAAAAUUGGGAUGAAUUGUGUGCACUUUACAAAUGUAAUGCUAACCCUUUAUACCUAGCAUCUAAUCUGUUCAGGAUCUGUGCAGUUUACUGAACCUAAGUUGUAGCAAGAAUUAUGUUACACAUAUUUUGUAUAUUCAGCAGUGUGUGGUGUGGACUAUGUUAUUAUAGUCGAGUACACUAACUGCUUUUUAUGUCACUCGUUUUAAUUAUGUCUUGAGCCACUGAACAGGACACUAGUUAUCACUUUAUACACUAUGGAGUGCCUUUAGCAGCUUUCUUUUGUGUUAUGUACUUUACAUCCAUUCCUGGAUAUGGCUGUUGAUACUCAUCUAGGUUACAAGAAGGGUGAAAGUGCCCGGUUUUAUUUUUGUGUUGCAAAUGUUUCGAGCAAGAAUUUCCACAUAUAAUUCCUGUGAAUGCACACUAUUGUCCAAGUUCUAUUUAAUACUUUUACCUAGAGUGUUAUGUGUCUGUAUAUUGACAUGGAAGCAGUCUCUUCCUUGCGAGCACUUUUGUUCAUGCAUUGCAAGGCAGUUAACCCUGCCCAGCAAACAAAGUAAAGUGUUGCAUUUUGGUACUCUGUCCACUGAACAAAAUAAAAGUUGCUUGGUGCCUGUG